CGGGGCCACAGUUGAGAGGGCGGGGCACCCCGUAAUCAGUAGGCAGUGAUCGCUCACCUUAAAUUUACCUACUCUGUGUUAUAGUCACUGAGAGGAGAGCUUCAAGGGUUGGGAGCCUAGCCUGCUGUGCUAGGGACCAACUACAAAUCCUAGUGACCUAGCCUUUCUCCCCAAAAAGGACGCGAAAGGCUAAGCUCGGAAUCUGGUGGUAGAACCUCCAGGUGUAAAGGGCGUGGGGCUGUAAUGUCUUAAAGGGUUUUGUGAAGAGUGGAGCCCUUUGGAAAGGUUUUCUGGAGAAGGUGACUUCCCCACUAGUCUGAGACAGCCCGCCCCAGGGCCAAGCUGCAGAGGCACAGUAUUUCAGAUUUGGGAUCAUGGAACUUUAUAAACUCGUGACAAAGGAAGUACUAAAACAAGAACAUUUACCCAAGGUUUUUCAGAGAAAUGACCCCCAGCGGGUCACUGAUAGAACGUUUUUCAUGGAUGGUUCCAAUCAGAGUUUGAAAACCAUCCCGCCAGACAUUUUGGCAUUAAAGGAAUUAGAAGAACUGCAUCUGGAGAACAAUCAGAUUGAAGAGAUUCCCCAGGGCAUCCAGCAUUUAAAGAAUGUCAGGGUUCUCUACCUGCACAAGAACAACCUGCAGAGUCUGUGCCCGCAGCUGGGGGAGCUCAGCAGCCUGGAGUCUCUGGACCUGAGCUGCAACCCGCUGUUCUAUUGCUCGCUGCCGGUACUCAGCUGCCUCCGCACCCUCCGGGAGCUGCGGCUCUACCGCACCGGCCUGAGAGAGGUUCCCACCGUGAUCUGCAAAUCCCUGCACCACCUGGAGCUCUUUGGACUGUCAGAGAACCACUUGGACUCGCUGCCCAAGGAAAUCGUGAACCAGACCAAGCUCAGGGAGAUCUACUUGAAAAAGAAUCAGUUUUCGGUUUUCCCUUCCGACCUCUGUGUGCUCUUGAACCUGGAAGUGAUCGAUCUAGACCACAACAAACUGAAGGCCAUCCCGGAGGAAAUCGGGCAGCUGAGGAAGCUGCAGAAGUUGUACGUGGCGUUUAACAACCUGCCCCUUCUACCCGAGUCUCUGAGCCAGUGCAGCAAGCUGUCGGUGCUGGAUUUGACCCAAAACCUCCUCCGCUCCCUCCCGGCCACCAUGGAGCAGCUCUCGGAGCUCACGGAGGUCGGGCUGAGCGACAACCGCCUGGAUAAGGUGCCGCGCCUCCUGUGCCGCUGGGUGUCGCUGCAGCUGCUGUACCUGCGCAACACCGGCCUGCGUGCGCUGCGGCGCUCCUUCAAACGCCUGGUCAACCUGCGCUUCCUGGAUCUCAGUCAGAACCACAUAGACCACUUUCCCUUGCAGAUCUGCACGCUCAAGAACCUGGAGAUGCUGGCGCUGGACGAUAACAAAGUGGGACAGUUACCACCGACUGUGAGCUCACUUACAAAACUGAAGACUCUUGGACUCACAGGAAAUGACUUUUUAUCCUUCCCAGAGGAAAUCUUUUCCUUAGUGUCUCUGGAGAAAUUAUACAUUGGACAAGACCAGGGAUUCAAGUUCUCCUGUGUGCCAGAAAAAAUCAAGAAAUUGCAGAAUCUUAAAGAACUAUACAUAGAAAACAACCUUCUGGAGUCCCUGCCUUCAUCCUUGGGGUUAAUGUCAAACCUGGAAGUUCUUGAUUGUCGGCAUAAUCUUCUUAAGCAACUCCCAGAUGCCAUUUGCCAUCUUCAAGAUUUGAGAGAGCUACUGCUGGAGGACAACUUACUCAGCCGCCUCCCGGAUAGCCUUGAUCAUCUGGUGAAACUUAAAGUCCUAACACUAAUGAACAAUCCCAUGAAAGACCCUCCAAUGGAAGUGUGUGUCAAAGGCAAUGAAGCCAUAUGGAAAUACUUGAAGGAAAACAGGAUUAGGAAAAUAAUGGCCACAAAGAUUCAGGCGUGGUGGCGUGGAACCAUGGUGCGGAAAGGAUUUGGGUCUUUUGAAGAGCUACUAAAAGCCAGAAAAAAAGGAAAAACCUCUCCAAAAGAUAAGAAAGGCAAAAAGGCUGCAAAAGGAAAACCUGCAAAAGGAAAUAAAAAAUAAUUGUGUAAAUGAAUGAAUGACGAUAAGGAUCACUAACAGAGCAGAAAGGCAACAUGUCUAGGGACCAGACAACAGCCACACUAAAAUCCACCCAGUUCAGGUUAUUUGUAAUAACAAAAGAGUCUUAAUUUUACUGAAAUGUUCAUGGGAAGAAUGACAUAAUGCCUGGUAACUGCUUCAACAUAGCAUGCUAGAGGACAGAUAUGGGGACAUGGGUUCAGAUGAAGCAAGGCAGGACCCGCCGUGAAUUAACAUCUGCAGAAGUGGGCGAUGAGCAUGUGGUGGUCCCUGCAUUCUCUUGUCUACUUAAAAACAUCUGGGGGAAUCAUGGAUUUACAGGAAGUUCCAGGGAAAUACACAAGCAUGUCUAAUCACCCCUACCUGUGACAGCUUUGCACAACACUAGUUUGAAAAUAAGACUAAAAAACUCAUUGGUUCAAUCAACAGCACUCACUCAGAUUCCAUCAGUUAUGUGUGCAUGUGUGCACACGUGUGUGCAUUGUGUAGUUCAAUGCAAUUGUGUCACACAUAGCUUUGUACAAACACUGCUGUAGUCAAAGGCACAGGUUGCUCCUCACAAGUCUCCAUUGUGACAUUCUUUUGUAUUCACACUUCUCUCUGUGUACCAAAUCCUAACUUACCAUCCAUUUCCCAUCAAAUGAUAGGGACCUGCAACUUUUCAUUAUAUUUAUUUACUCUGUGUGUGUGUGUGUGUGUGUGUGCAUGCACACGCAUGUAUGUGUGAACAAGUCUGCCCCAGCGCACAGAAGGAGGUCACAGGACAACUUCAGUUCUCUCUGUCCACUGUGUGGGUCUUGUGAUCACACUCAGAUCAACAGGCCUCAUGACAAAUGCCUUUAUUUCACCGGCCCUGGGACUGACUUUAUUUCACCAGCCUUGGGACUGACUUUAUUUCACCGGCCCUGGGACUGACUUUUUUUUUUUAAUUCUUCAAACUUUUAUUGAUUCCCUGCAGAUUUCAUAUCAUUUAUCCGAUCCCACCCAUCUCUCCAUUCCUCUGAAUUCAUCCUCCGCCCUUGCAACCUCCCCUCAAAACAAAACAAAAUUUAAAAGAAAAACCAAAACCAAACAGACCAAACAAAACAAAAGGGAGAAGAAUCUCGUCAUGGCAGCUGUGGUGUGACCCUGAAUUUCACACAAUUCUCCCCUUAGUCCUUCCAUCCUCACUUCCAAGUGUUCAUGGCCACGAGUCGUUGGUCUGUUCCGAGGUCUCUGGCCCCUGCUACACCACGGAUAAUGGGCUUUCCUGGGGCUCCUCUUGGACAUCCUGUUGUCCUGUGUCAUGGAGAUCUGCAGUUUGGGAUCUGUAGGUUUGUUUCCUUCUCAAGCUCUAACAGUUCAUAGAUGAGGUGGAUGUUGAGAUGGGUCAGUCAACUCAGCCCUGGUUCUGGGGCUGGGUGGUAGCUGGGCUGGUCAGCCCGCCAGCUCUCCCUCAUCAUCACCACCCAGGUGAGCUCUCCAGCACCACCUCAGCCAGGCCACCCAACACAGCCUACAGCACAGGGUGGGGCCAGUUCUCCUGCUCCCAGACCCUCAGAUUCAGUUCACCCAGAUGCACACCACCAAGGCUAGCUCCACUGUCUUUUCCCAAGCAAGGUGCAGGGCCCCCUCUCCCAAGGAUUGCUGUAGAGGGGCGUGGGGGAGGGGCAGUAGGGUCAGCUCUGUGCUCUCACGCUCUCAGGGCUGGUUCACUGGGUCAGAGAGCACUAGUGUGCUGCCCUGGUGGGGUGCAGGGUCUGCUCUCCUGUGUGCUGCAGCUGGUGAGGGUCAGGGCUAGUUCUCCAACUCUCGUGAUCCUGGGCCCGCCCUCUCACCUGCUGCGGGUAGUAAGGGGUGGGGCAUCUUUCCCUCACCCAGGCCACCACGUGACAGACAAGGGGGUGGGGUCAUCCCUGCUGCUCUCAUGCCCUCAGGGCUGGCUCACCUAUGACCCAGCUCUAGUGUGCUGCCCAGGUGAGGUACACACCAUUGUGAGGGGUGGGGCCAUCUUUCCUGAUUCUGGGGUCCAGCUCUCCUGCUGCAGUUACAAUGACACAUCUUCACACAGUGUAAAGGAAUAUUCCACAGCAAGCGUGUUCCUCACCACCCUCACCUCUUCAGAUUCGCCUCUCUCCCUAGCCCAUGAACAGCUCCACCUCCCUCUCUCUUCCACAUCCCCACCCUGUGCUCGCUCACUGUAACGGUGUCCGACUGUCUGGUGCCUCUGCACUUGGUUGAGUUCGGCUCCCACCAGCCCCAUGGCGUGAUGCGGAGCUGUUGCUGUUGCUGUCUCUGGCCCAGGGCUAGAGAACCCCCUGGGACUGGCUUGUUACAAUGCCAGUAGUUGAUUCCUCUUCGCAUGCACAUGAGUGUGCAGGUGCUUGGGCCCAUGAUCACACAUGCCAUGAUCUCAAAGGCCAGAGUAGGACACUGGGUGUCCUCCUCUAUGGCUCUCCGACUCAUUGCCUUGAGACAGAAUCUUUUGCUUAACCAGAAGCUCACCGGUUCAGUGGGUCUGGUCAGCUCAUGCCCCUUGUUGCUGGGUACAUGGUCCAGUCUUGCCAUCUGUUUAAGCAUUCACUUGUUAUUGAAAGGUUAUUGAUUAUGAAUAAAACUUCAGUGAAUAUUCACACAUACGUCUUCCCAUAAACAUAGAUGCUUAUGAAUUCAUGGGGGAUACUCAAGAGGAAGGAAUCCACAGAGCACCCUCUUCUAAUGCUCUCAAAAGCACCUCAUCCUCUUGACUUUUCUUUUUGAACAGUACUGAUUUUAAAUGUAACUAUCAUAUUUUAAAAUUUAUUAUUGGAGGAGGCACAUGCAUGCCAUGGUACAUGUGUGGAGACCAGAGGACCACUUGCUUCAUGUGGGUCUUGGGGAUCGAACUAAGAUUGUCAAGAACUUUUACAAGCUGAGCCAUUACAUGGGUUUUGCAUUUAUACAUCUUUAAGCAAUCAAUGGCUGUUUCUAAUUAUUCAUAUAGCAUCAUGUAGGGAAAAAUUGUUUACUUACAUGUAUCAGAAAACAAAUGUAUAGCAAACAUCCUUGCUAUUCGUUGAAUUACCUUCUAGGAAAUGGAAACGUUUAAAAUUUGUGUAGUGUAACACAAAAGCUUUCAUUAACAGACAAAAAGCAAGAAAUUUCCAGAGGAAAUGUUUAUUGGAAUUUGUUUGUUCUGGCCAUAAAAGGUUUAUUUUAUUUUAGAAAAUGCGAUUUUUGACACUGUCUUUUAAA